AUGGAGGAUGGAGAUUUCAUUGGGUUCUUUCAGCAUGAGUGCGACUGCGGAUGUUUCCGAAGGCCGUGGAGUACAACAUGCAGACCACAAGGCGACAGAAGGCGGGCGUUUGCUCUUCUGUCUGCUGUACUAGCAAAGGUGGGAUUUUACGGACAGAGAGCAGGCAGGAAGACCGAACCUUCCACCGCGUGGAUAGCGAACGGGCAACGGGCAUGGCGGCAGAGUACGCAAAUUCCUCACAUCUCUGGACCACUUCAUAUCAUCUCCGCCAAUACGCAGAAAAUGUCGGUCAGGAUCGUCCUCGAAAUCACACCCGGCGCAGCACCCGCCUCCUGGACCCUCGAGACAUCUCCCAACUUCGCACUCGCCACCGAUGCCGCCGCUCUCGUCAACCUCCAGCAGAAGCUCUUCAGUGUGGUGGGUGACGUCUCCAGAACAAUCAUCGAGAAGGCCAGCAGGCCCGAAAAUGCCACCUCACCAGGCCAGGUAGCAACUCAUGCCGGAAAACCAGCAGAAGGCCCUUCGACGAAGUAG